AUGGUCUACACUGAGAGAACCGCUACCCUUGAGAAGUAUUUGUCACUUCCUCAGAGAGGUAAAGUUAUAGCCGAGUAUAUCUGGAUUGACUCUAAGGGUGAUCUUAGAUCGAAGGGUAAGACUUUGGACCACAAGGUUACCGACCUUUCAGAAUUGUCCGAGUGGAACUUUGAUGGUUCCUCUACAGGCCAAGCUGUGGGAUCUAACUCUGAUGUUUUCUUGAAACCAGUUGCUUUCUACCCAGAUCCAUUUAGAAGGGGAGAUAACAUCUUGGUUCUAUGCGAGUGCUGGAACAAUGACGGUACUCCAAACAAGUACAACCAUAGACACGAAUGCAACAAGUUGAUGACUGCACAUGCCGACCAGAAGGUUUGGUUCGGUUUGGAACAGGAGUACACCUUGUUGGAUGCUGAUGACAACUACAUUUAUGGCUGGCCAAAGGGAGGUUUCCCAGCUCCUCAAGGACCAUACUACUGUGGUGUUGGUGCUGGUAAAGCCAUUGCCAGAGAUGUUAUAGAGGCACAUUACAGAGCCUGCUUGUACACUGGAAUUACCCUUUCCGGUAUCAACGGUGAGGUUAUGCCUUCCCAGUGGGAAUUCCAGGUUGGUCCAUGUCUUGGAAUUAAGAUGGGUGAUGAGUUGUGGAUGGCCAGAUACUUGCUUCACAGAGUGGCCGAGGAGUUUGGUGUUAAAGUUACUCUUCAUCCAAAGCCUUUGAAGGGUGACUGGAAUGGUGCUGGUUGCCACACCAAUGUCUCCACUGAGGCUAUGAGACACCCAGGUGGAAUGAAGUUCAUUAAUGAUGCCAUUGCCAAGUUGGCUAAGAGACAUAAGGAGCACAUUGCCCUUUACGGUACCGACAACAACCUGAGAUUGACUGGAAGACACGAGACUGCUUCUCUUGAUGACUUCUCUUCUGGUGUUGCCAACAGAGGUGCUUCCAUCAGAAUUCCAAGACCUGUUCAGGCCAAGGGAUAUGGCUACUUCGAGGACAGAAGACCAGCUUCCAACAUUGACCCAUACUUGGUUUGUGGUAUCAUGGUGGAGACUAUCUGUGGUUCUAUUCCUGAUGCUGACAUGAGCAAGGAGUUCAAGAGAGAGUCACAGUAA